AUGCGCACUCCUGAGCCCGCCAGGCGCGGAAGCUUCCCGACCACGCGCGCGCGGGGUGGCCGGUUGCCAUGGAGACGCGUGGCCCUGGUCAGGCCGCCUGGUCCCGGAGCCGCCGGCUCGGCGCUGCCCCGGCGCAGGUCGCUGUCCCACGGGCGGAUGGACGGCCACAGCGCGGCCAGGGCAGCGGGAUUCAGCGAGGUGGGCGAAGACGAGGAGGACGAGGAGGAGCGGGAGGGCAGCUCCGCGGGCUUGCAAGGAGCCAGGCUGCCCCCCAUCGUGGGCGGCGCCUCGGACGCGGCCAAACAGAAGGUGAAAAAGAAGAAGAAAAAGAAGAAGACCAAGGGGUCGGGCAAGAGGGACGCAGAUAAACAGCAGAGUCGCGCCCUGAAAACUCAGCCGCCUGCCUCCUCUGGUGACAUCGUAAGUCCCAGCCAAGAGCAGGACCCGAGGCUGGAGCCCAGAGCGGACGCGGAGGAGAGCAGGCCCAGCCCUUCCUACUCCUCCUCGGGGAGCCUGCCCCACUUCACGGGCCCCAUCAACGAGAGCCUGCGCUGGGCGGGGGUCCUGGCCGACCCCGAGGCCGAGAAGGAGAGGAUCCGCCUGUACAAGGUGAACCGCAGGAAACGCUACCGGGGCCUGGCCCUCAAGGCCGUGCACCCCGACCCCUGCGCCCAGGAGCCCCCCGACAGCUUGCCCCACCUCCCCGACAAGGACUGCGGCCCCAGCAGCCGGCCGGCCGCCUCCUCCAGAGGUGACCGGCCCGACCUCUCCUUGGAAGGCGCCCUGGCCACCAGGCUGCUGGCCAUCGGCCCACCCGACUGA